UUUGCAGAUGUCAUUCAAAUUGUGAUUUUAAAAAAUGGAUGCUGCUCUGAUACUGAUUUUCUUACAAAAAAAUACCAAUUUUACAAUAUUACCUUUCAGAUUCGGUUCCUUUGAGGCCUUUAAAAACCAGAUGGUUCAACCCGACGGAAGUUUAAGUAUAGGUGGUAGAUUAUUGUGUGGUUUGGGUGCUGGUGUUAUGGAGGCCAUUUUUGCCGUCACACCCAUGGAAACGAUCAAAGUCAAAUUUAUAAAUGAUCAACGAAGUGCGAACCCCAGGUUCAAAGGCUUCUUCCAUGGUGUCGGGAUCAUCGUUAGGGAACAAGGUUUCGGGGGUAUAUACAAAGGACUGACUGCGACAGUGAUGAAACAGGGUUCAAACCAGGCUAUUAGAUUUUUCGUAAUGGAGACUCUCAAGGACCUCUAUAAGGGUGGGGAUAGGGAGAAGAAGAUACCUAAAGUAGUUGUAGGAGCUUUUGGUGCAGUAGCAGGAGCCGCUUCUGUAUUUGGAAAUACUCCAAUAGAUGUAGUCAAGACGAGGAUGCAAGGCCUCGAAGCCGCAAAGUACAAAAACACGUUGGACUGCUUCUUUAAAAUUUGGAAGAAUGAGGGUCCCUUAGCAUUUUACAAGGGUACUGUUCCUAGAUUGGGUAGAGUUUGCCUAGACGUUGCCAUAACUUUCAUGAUCUAUGACAGUUUUAUGGAAAUGUUCAACAAAAUAUGGCCUUAAUCUCGUUUAGGGCACAAGCAAAUGCUUUUCGAAACUUAUUUCUUAAGUUACACACAUAUUUUAAACAAAAGAUUGAGAAAAUUGCCAUAUCUUUGUACUGACAGUUUUAGCAGAAGUUUUGGGUUUGAAUCUCCCAUUUCAUGUUUGACUUAUAUUUUUGUAUAAUUGUGAAAUGCAUGACAUUCCUAUUUAGCAUUUUUUUCUGCAUUUAUAUUGAUCGUACUAGUCUUAAUUAUUAUGUACUGCCAAAUUUUGUACAAGUCGUAUAUUCCUAUGUAGUUUAUUUUUUCUUGACUUGAUUUUUUUCAGAGCCAUUCGAUUUACCUUUAUGGAAGUAAAAUGUAACUUUGGUUCUAAAAAACAUAGUUGUUGGUAAUUUAUGUACUUUUUUUAAACAGUCAGCGUUUUGUUAUAUUUUUGUUAUAUUUAUGUAAUUUUUUAAGUGUUUUGUUGUAGGUUUGACCUCUAAAAAUAUGUGCAAUUUUAUUUAGUGUUGAAUGAAUUUUAGAAAAAAUAAAUAAAUAAUAUAAUUGU